AUGGCCUCUAGCAAGACCGGUAUCAGGGUUUUGCAGAUUAACGUGGGAAGGGCUAGAUUAGCUCAUGACCUGACCCACGCUAAAGCUGCUCAACUCGAAGUGGAUCUACUUAUCGUUUCAGAACCUAAUAAAAAACUGACUGAGGGGGGUGGUUGGGUACAAGAUAAGAGAAAGGACGUGGCGGUAUUAUUCAGGAAUAGGGAUAUUGGGGUGAGGAGGUUACAAAGAGAGGCGGGCUACGUCGUGGUCGAGCUUGAUUGCGAGAUCACGAUCGUGGCCUGCUACAUUUCCCCCAAUGUCUCUAUGAUUGAGUAUAGAAAAACAAUUAAAAAAAUAAUGAAUGCCGUCACCGACAAUAAGAACUUUCUGAUCGUGGGGGACGUCAACGCAAAAUCGUCUCAGUGGGGAUCCCCUAUUAAUGAUGAGAGGGGUGACCUCUGGGACGACUGGAUGGCCCAAAUGAAUAUAAUCGCGAUAAAUAAUAAAAAACCAACGUUUGUGAGGGGCACUAGCAGGAGUCACAUCGAUGUGACUCUUGCUAGUGAAGGGUCAUCCAGAAAAAUCGCAAACUGGGAUCAGAUAUUUACCCACCACAAGUUCAUCACCUAUGACAUUAAAAGCAAGACAAUAAAAAAAAAAUAA